GCAGCGGCCUGGCACGGCCGAGCGGGCGGGAGAGGAGGGAGACCGGGCGGGGCGCGCCGAGCGAGGGACGCGAGAAAGACGGGGACCCCAAGGUGCGGAGAAACCAGGGAUGCCGAGACCCCCGGUCCCCCCAGAGAGGGGACGGCCCCACCUCCCAUCCACCUCCGCCACAGGCCGGUUCCCACCCGGGGCCGCCGUCCAGUUGGCGUUGCUGCUCCUGGCCCUGGGCCGGGCCGGAGCGGAUCCGGUCCUGAUGGAGGGCGAGUGCCUGGUGGUCUGUGAGCCGGGCCGGCCGGCCGCCGGGGGACCCGGGGGGGCGGCCUUGGGAGAAGCCCCCCCGGGCCGCGUGGCCUUCGCCGCCGUCCGCAGCCACCACCACGAGCCGGCCGGCGAGACGGGCAAUGGCACCGGCGGGGCCAUCUACUUCGACCAGGUCCUGGUGAAUGAGGGCGGCGGCUUCGACCGGACCUCGGGCUUCUUUGUGGCUCCCGUCCGGGGCGUCUACAGCUUCCGCUUCCACGUGGUCAAGGUGUACAACCGCCAGACUGUCCAGGUGAGCCUGAUGCUGAACGCCUGGCCGGUGAUCUCGGCCUUCGCCAACGACCCUGACGUGACGCGGGAGGCGGCCUCCAGCACCGUGCUGCUGCCCCUGGACCCCGGCGACCGAGUGUCCCUGCGCCUGCGGCGGGGGAACCUGCUGGGCGGCUGGAAGUUCUCCAGCUUCUCGGGGUUCCUCAUCUUCCCCCUCUGAAGCGGCUCUCCCUCCCCGAAGUCCGCCCCCUCCCCCCGCUCCCGAGGCUGACCCAUGACCCCUUCCCCUCCACGGCGUAAGGUUGAAGCCGGCUCUCCCCGGGGGUCUUCGAUUGCUCCCCUCAACCCGCUCCUGGGCUGUUUUCUAGCUGCGCAAUAAACCGGUCCGGGGCAGAAUCUUCCUCCUCUUUC